AACACUUUUUUUUCUCAACGAUGAGUAACAUGAAUUCCAGCGGGACGCCGCCAGUCGAUGGAAAUUCCUCGGCACAAACUGAUGCGGCUACUCAAUUGGCAGAACUGAAGCACAAAUUCAUGGCUUCACCUUUGCAUUGCAAACUGUUCGUAGAGAAGAUUUCACAAAACCACGAAUCAGAGUUCCGCAAAGCCGAAAUCUUAUGGGCACGUGAAACGCCGACGGAUCCACCAGGCCUGGAAUACUAUGUUCAUUACGUCGAAUUCAACAAACGUUUGGAUGAAUGGGUUUCGUUUGCACGCUUGGACUUUGCAAGAGGAGUUGAAUUCCCUAAACCCGACCACAAGAAAAAGAAAGAUCCUAACCAUCAUCGAGAUGCCACUGCUACGCCACCGUUAGAUCACGGACGCACCAAAGGACGAGCGGGAACCCCUACAGCAGGACAGAAACGUAAAGUGGAAGAAACAGAAUCUCACGUUGCGACACCUAGUGCCGAUGAUAAAGAAAAUGCUCAUGUGGUUAUUGGUGCUGACGACGAGGACGGACAAACCAUGGAGGUGACGGAAGAGACGACAGGCACGUUUUCAAAAAAGCAGGAAAUUGAGAAAUUACGAACCUCUGGAUCCAUGACUCAAUGUGUUGGCGAGGUGGCACGAGUGAAGAACUUGAACAAAAUUCAAAUGGGAAAGCACGAAGUGGAAGCAUGGUAUUUUUCGCCGUAUCCGAUGGAGUAUGCGUAUUGCGACACUUUAUACAUCUGCGAAUUUUGUCUUCUCUACUAUGCGUCUCACAAACAACUGGAACGUCAUCGCGGGAGAUGCCAAUUGCAGCACCCGCCUGGUAACGAGAUCUACCGUCAUCAAGAGAUCUCUUUCUUUGAAAUCGAUGGCCGCAAACAGAAAACUUGGUGUCGCAAUCUCUGUCUACUUUCCAAGUUGUUCUUGGAUCAUAAAACGCUAUACUACGACGUAGAUCCGUUCUUGUUCUACUGCAUGACCCUCCGUGACGAACUGGGACAUCAUUUAAUAGGUUAUUUUUCCAAGGAGAAGGAAUCAUCUGAAAAUUACAAUGUUGCUUGUAUCUUGACAUUACCUCAGCAUCAACGACACGGUUACGGACGCUUACUCAUUGCAUUUUCUUAUGCCUUGUCCAAGGCGGAAGGACGAACGGGUUCACCCGAGAAGCCGCUUUCUGAUCUGGGUCUGCUAUCCUAUCGAGCUUAUUGGACGGAAACGAUUGUGGAACUACUCUUGUCGACGACCGACGAGGUGACCAUUGAAGAAAUUUCCCAGCGCACGUCAAUCACUCCUCAGGAUAUCCUUCACACACUUCAAAAUAUUGGUGCCUUGAAAUAUUACAGAGGACAGCACAUCAUUUGUCUGGGUGAUAAAGUCAUUGAACAGUGGGAACGAUCUCGAAAGAAGCGGAAGCGAACAAUUGUUCCCGAGAAACUAGACUGGAAGCCACUUCACUUUACACCAUCCCAGUUACGAUUCUUAUAACAUGUUAUUGAUGAUAUUCCCUCCCUCGUUUUGUAAAUAUUACUACUUUUUCAUCAAGAUUUAUUGGAAGUUGCUAAUUCUAUGUCCCUAUUCUACGCUUUUAUGAUUUACCCCGUUUUUAAAUGGAAGCAUCAUCAUCGUUACAUUACGAACGACCCUUUUUCCUUGACUAUGAAUGACUGUUUGGAUGUUUAUGGGAUCUAUAACGUAAUAUCCUCUGUAUAGCUGAUGCAUAUCUUAGGGUUGACUCGCCGGCAAUGAUAAAUUUUUAUUUACCUUGUAUAAUGAAUGACACAGGGUCUGUCGCUAGAUCCCACAUUUUUUAAUUUGGGGAGAUUCUUAAA